AGCGGCUUCCCCAGUUUCCGACGGACAAAUCGCAGACUCGAAUCGGUUUUUCGGUGCGAUAUGUGCGGUCGUCACUAGGAAAAAACACUAAAAUCGACACCUUGUCAGUGAUUUACCGGUGUGUUUCAGCUAGUUUUUGGAUAUAUUAAUCAUACCGCAGCGCUUUUUUUCGGGAUAGUUACCUGCUUCCGCGCAGCCGUCCCGUUAUAGACGCGCGCGCAUCGCCGCCAUGUCGUUUGCUCGCCGCGCCAUCUUGUUCGCGCUGUGCGCAGUUCUAAGUUCCGCCCGCGCAGAAGACGACACUUCCGGUCCGGUGUUCCUUAAGGAGCCGCCCAAUCGCGUCGAUUUCUCCAACACCACCGGCGCCGUGGUGGAGUGUAGUGCCGUGGGCAACCCUCCACCGGAUAUCAUUUGGGUUCGAUCUGAUGGUACUGCCGUUGGUGACGUCCCAGGACUUCGACAAGUUCUCGCCAAUGGAAACCUAGUAUUUCCACCUUUCAGAGCCGAGGAUUACCGUCAAGAAGUCCACGCUCAAGUCUACGCCUGCUUGGCCAAAAACAGCGUGGGAUCCAUCAAUUCACGUGACGUCAACGUCAGAGCAGUCGUGAAUCAAUUCUACGAGACCAGAGUUACUGACGAAUUUGUCCUGAAAGGCAACACCGGGAUCUUAAAGUGCGUAGUACCAAGUUUCGUGACUGAUUUCGUUGUGAUUGAAGCUUGGGUAGCUGACGACGGUAGUGCCACAUACAUCUACAACCCCAAAGAAAAGGGUGUCAAUUUCGAUAGCAAGUACCUUGUACUACCCUCUGGCGAACUUCACAUUCGCGACGUUGGACCUGAGGAUGGGUACAAAUCGUACCAAUGCAGAACAAAACACAGGCUCACUGGGGAGACCAGAUUGAGUGCUACCAAGGGCAGAUUGGUCAUUACCGAACCCACCAAUAACGUCCCACCUAAAAAAGACGGCAAAAAGUUUGAAGGAUGGGAAAUUUUGUUAGUACCACAAAGCGGUACUGCCUGGUUAACCUGUCAAGUAACAGCUUUCCCAGCACCACGAUACUCGUGGUACAAGUUCAUCGAGGGUACUUCUAGAAAACAAGCUGUGGCGCUGGACGAUCGAGUGAAGCAAGUUGCCGGUACGCUGAUCAUUAGAGAAGCAAAGGUUGAUGAUUCGGGGAAGUACUUGUGCGUGGUGAAUAACUCUGUUGGAGGAGAGAGUGUGGAGACGGUACUCACAGUUACUGCACCAUUGAAAGCGAGUAUCGAGCCGAAAGUACAGACUGUAGAUUUUGGAAGGCCCGCUGUGUUUACCUGCAAAUUGGAAGGUAAUCCAAUCAAGACCAUCUCCUGGAUGAAAGACGGCAACAAGAUCGACCAUACCGACGCAGUGCUCAAAAUCGACGCCGUACGAAAAGAAGACAAGGGCAUGUACCAGUGUUUCAUACGCAACGACCAGGAAAGUGCCGAGGCCACAGCCGAAUUGAAGCUUGGCGGCAGAUUCGAACCGCCCCAAAUCCGCCACGCCUUCAACGAGGAAACCGUGCAGCCGGGAAACUCCGUUUUCCUCAAGUGUAUCGCCAGUGGAAACCCCACUCCGGAAAUUAGCUGGGAAUUGUACGGGAGGAGAUUGUCCAACAGUGAAAGAUACCAGAUUGGGCAAUACGUCACUGUCAAUGGCGACGUAGUAUCGCACUUGAACGUCACCGGAAUUCACACCAACGACGGGGGAUUGUACCGAUGCGUGGCCAGUUCGAAAGUGGGCAGCGCAGACCAUUCUGCGCGCAUCAACGUCUACGGGCUACCGUUUGUCAGAUCUAUGGAAAAACAGUCUAUCGUAGCUGGGGGAACUUUGAUAGUCCAUUGUCCUUUUGCUGGACAUCCGGUGGAGACAGUAGUCUGGGAAAGAGAUGGUAGACAACUGCCGAUCAACAGAAAACAGAAGGUGUUCCCUAAUGGUACCCUGAUCAUCGAAAAUGUGGAAAGGGCAUCAGACCAAGCCACCUACGUCUGCGUAACUAAGAAUUCUCAAGGAUACAACGCAAGAGGAUCUUUAGAAGUUCAAGUCAUGGUUCUACCCAAAAUUCACCCCUUCAGUUUCGGUGAUGAACCCUCACCAGCUGGUGAAACUAUAUCUGUCCAAUGCACCAUUUCCAUUGGUGAUUUACCCGUUGAAUUUUCCUGGAUGUUCAAUGGAAAACCAAUCAAUCACGAGGAUAGCAUUAGUAUUGCAUCAUUUGGAAAGAAAGUCUCUGUGCUGAAUAUAGACAGCAUCAGUGAAUUACACGCUGGAAACUAUACUUGUAUAGCUGCAAAUAAAGCUGGGAUGGCAAGCUAUACUGCCCAGCUUGUUGUUAAGGUGCCACCAAGGUGGAUCUUGGAACCUACCGAUAAGGCUUUUGCCCAAGGUUCAGACGCCGCAGUUGAAUGUAAAGCCGAUGGUUUCCCCAAGCCUGUUGUAACUUGGAAAAGGGCCACAGGGGUAUCACCUGGCGAUUACAAAGAUUUUAAACCAAAUAAUCCUGACGUAAGAGUUGACGAAGGAACUUUGACCAUUAAUAAUAUACAAAAGACAAAUGAAGGGUACUAUCUAUGCGAAGCAGUCAAUGGUAUUGGCUCUGGAUUAAGUGCAGUAGUGUUCAUCAGUGUUCAAGCUCCUCCACAUUUUGAGGUAAAGUUCCGUAAUCAGACCUCAAGACGUGGUGAUCCUGCCGUACUCCAAUGCGAAGCCAAGGGUGAAAAACCUAUUGGUAUUUUGUGGAAGAUUAAUAACAAACGACUUGAACCCAAAGGAGAUAAUCGUUACACAAUUCGUGAGGAGAUUUUACCAACUGGUGUUCUAUCCGAUUUAAGUAUUAAACGAACAGAAAGAUCCGACUCAGCGAUAUUCACCUGCGAAGCCACCAACGCUUUUGGAAACGACGAAACAAACAUCAACAUGAUCGUGCAAGAAGUACCCGAAGUACCUUACGGCUUGAAAGUCCUGGACAAGUCUGGAAAAACCGUUCAACUUUCUUGGGUAGCUCCUUAUGACGGCAAUUCACCAAUCAAGAAGUACUUAAUCGAGUACAAACCAAGCAAAGGCAGUUGGGAGAAGAAUUCUGAGCGAGUUUUGAUUCCCGGGGAACAGACUGAAGCUGGAAUCUUUACUUUGAGACCUGCGACGACAUAUCAUAUCCGUAUUAUAGCUGAAAACGAGAUUGGAUCAUCUGAUCCAUCAGAUACUGUAACUAUUAUCACAGCUGAAGAAGUCCCAGGAGGUCCACCAACUGAUAUCAGGGUUGAAGCUGAAGACCAACAUACUUUGAUCGUUUACUGGAAACCUCCAAUCAGGGAUCAUUGGAACGGUGAUAUCCAGGGGUAUUACGUAGGAUAUAAGCUAGCCAAUACUGACAAGCCUUACUUGUUUGAGACUGUCGAGUUUCCCAGAGAGGAAGAAGGAAAAGAACAUCUCCUAAAAAUUUCUAACCUGAAAACGUACACUCAGUAUUCAGUAGUAGUUCAGGCUUUCAACAAGGUUGGUGCUGGACCAACAUCAGAAGAAUUCAAGGCUAAUACUGCCGAAGGUGUACCUGAGCAACCUCCAGACAAGGCUACGUGCACCACUCUUACUGCUCAGACUAUCAGAGUUUCAUGGGUGUCACCUCCUCUCACCUCUGCUAAUGGUGUUAUUAAAGGAUACAAAGUUAUUUAUGGACCUUCUGAUACUUGGUUUGACGAGAAUACUAAAGAUACCAAAAUUACUGCAUCAAGUGAAACUAUUUUACAUGGUUUAAAGAAAUAUACUAACUACAGUAUGGAAGUACUAUCAUACACGUCUGGAGGAGAUGGCGUCAGAACUACCCCAAUUGCCUGUCAAACUGAACAAGAUGUUCCUGAAUCUCCUACAGCUGUGAAAGCUCUGGUAAUGUCUGCCGACGCUAUUUUGGUUAGCUGGAAGCCUCCAACUGAGCCUAACGGUAUCAUCGAAUACUACAUGGUGUACUACAAAGUUGCUACAGAUUCGGACGAGAAGCUGAUCAAGUCGCAGAAGAUUGUGCCUAACCUUAGGAACCAGAAUUUGAGCUUCCAGGCCAAGAAUUUAGACAGUAAUUUGAAGUACGAGUUCUGGGUGACGGCUGCUACAACUAUUGGAGAAGGACAACCCUCUAAGAAAGUUACUGUAUCGCCUAGCACAAGUGUUCCUGCCAAGACCGCUUCCUUUGAUGACACUUUUACGACAACUUACAAAGAAGACGUCACUUUACCAUGCCUAGCUGUAGGUGUUCCUCCUCCAGUUAUCACUUGGAGUAUCAAAGGUGUGAAAUUUAAUCCUAAUACCAACGACAGAGUACGCCAGCAACCAGAUGGUUCAUUAUUUAUACGAGAUGUGACUAGAACGGAUGCUGGAGAGUACUCUUGCAAAGUGGAGAACGAUUUUGGUCAGGAUUCUGUAACGCAUCAGCUUAUUGUUAAUGCACCACCAAGAGCACCACAGGUUACUCUUACAUCAACGACCACAAAUUCCUUAACCAUAAAAAUCAAGCCUCACGAAUCUGAUGGUGAACAAGUUCACGGAUACACCAUCCAUUACAAGCCCGAAUUUGGUGAAUGGGAAACAGUACAAGUUGGCCCAGCCACCGACAAAUAUACUCUGGAAAAACUACUCUGUGGUACCAGAUAUCAAUUAUACGUCACUGCUUACAAUAGCAUUGGAACUGGGGAUCAAUCGGACAAUUUGAAUCCUAAAACUAGGGGUGAAAAGCCAGUGAUACCUAGUGCUGAUAAGUUUAUUGAAGUGUCUUCUAACAGCAUAACUUUGCAUCUCAAUGCUUGGUCUGAUGGGGGAUGUCCUAUGCUGUACUUCGUUAUCGAGCACAAAAAGAAAGUGAACACUGAAUGGAUUCAGGUAUCCAACAACGUCAAACCAGGUUUGAACUUCGUACUUUUAGACUUGGAUCCUGCCGUUUGGUACCACUUAAGAGUAACGGCCCACAACAAUGCCGGUUUUAACGUUGCCGAGUACGAGUUUGCCACCCUUACAGUCACUGGCGGUACUAUUGCCCCGGCCCGCGAAAUACCUAAAGAGGACACCAUCCAAAUAAUCCUCGCCAACCUAAACCUAGUAGUACCCGUAGUGGCCGCGGCCCUCAUCAUUGUCGUGGCCGUAGUCGUGAUUUGCGUGUUGCGCGGCAAGGGAACCUAUAACAAAGAUGACGUUGUUUACAACCAAUCGUGCAACGCAGCGUCAACCUUAGACAAACGCCGACCUGACUUAAGGGAUGAACUAGGCUACAUUGCACCACCAAACAGAAAACUACCCCCUGUACCGGGUUCGAACUACAACACUUGCGACAGGAUCAAAAGAGGUACCGUCUUAAGGGCUCAUUAUCGUUCUCAUUCCACGUGGGACCCUCGCCAACGCCACUUGUACGAAGAGCUGAGGAGCAGGAGGGGCUCGAACGACACCAUUCACACCCACAGAGGUAUGGACGAUGAGAUCUGCCCGUACGCAACUUUCCAUCUUUUGGGCUUCCGCGAAGAAAUGGAUCCCAGUAAGGCGAUGCAGUUCCAGACCUUCCCCCACCCCCAUGCUGGUACUAUGGGACCCUCCGGAAUGAACACGCCUCACCAAAUGCACUCACGUAACGGUUCCCAAUCGAUGCCCAGGCAGAACCGAAGAUAUGAUAGGGUUGGCUCACAAGGCAACGGCAGCAUCUACUCCCCUGGCCCCGAGUACGACGAUCCGGCCAACUGCGCCCCCGAGGACGAGCAGUACGGCUCGCAGUACGGCGGCUACGGCGCCCCCUACGACCAGUACGGCAGCCGCGGCUCCAUCGGUCGCCGCUCCUUAGGCAAGUACCGUAGUAGAUACCCCUGUAGAGACUGUGUAGUACCGGAAGGCACACCGGCGUCAACGCCCGCUUUUCACGCAGGUUCGCUGAGAAUACAGCCGACGAGCAGCUCGCCGGAACCGCCGCCGCCGCCGCCGAGGAACCACGACCCCUCCUUCAACGAUUCGAAGGACUCGAACGAGAUUUCGGAGGCUGAGUGCGACAGGGAUCAGCUGAUUAACAGUAGGACCUACGGAGUAAUGAGAGGUAACGCGAAGGAUGGCAUGACCCACGAGGAAAUGAGAAAACUGAUUGAGAGAAACGAAACAGGGCAAACCGCAACAGCAAACGGGGGACUCACAGCCUACGAUACUGUGGCAGUGUAAUCUGUAAACUGUCACAGCCAUCUCUGACUCAACUGUAAACUCGGAAGUUUAGCAGCCACAUUCAUACAGAGAACAAGAGGAAAACAGCGUAUUUUUUCUUACUUAUUUCUUAAACUUUUUGCAAUGCUCAGAUGUAUUUUUAUUCCCGAAACAGUAGGAUGCUUCUUAUAUAUUUAUAUGUAAGCAUCUUGUGGUUGCUAAUCGUCUAAUUUUUGCGGUAAAUAUUCACAAAACUUUAAAAUAAUGAAAUACAUAACAUGUCAAAGUA